UACUACCCUAAACGUAAUCGAUAGAGCAAUCGAUUGCUGUGCAGCUCUAAAAGACACAGCAGCAACACUAGCAAACGCUGAGUUUUGGUUUGUUUUAGUUGCAGAAAGAUUCGCGAAAACCUUUGAGAAAACUACUGAAUUAGAUUGAAACCCAACGGCUUGGACAGCUUCAACAUAGUGCGUGCAAAACAACGCGCAGCAUGUGGCCCCAAACGCUGGAAAUGUCCCGGGAUGAGUGUCGAGGCAUGCUGCGUCGACUUGAGCUUGAGUCGUAUUCGAACAUAAUAAGCGUUUUUCGCGCGCAAGGCUUUCUCAGCGAGCCAAAGACUAAGAUGCUCGAAGAGCUGCGCCAAAUGUUUCACAUAACACAGGAGCGUCAUAGGGCCGAGGUGCGACGCGCUGCCAACGAUGAGCAGCUCUGCACAAUAGCUGAAAAUAUUUGUGGACCGAACACAUGGCAGGAGUGGUCACGUGAGGGUCGUCGUCCGUACCCGCUGCUGCCGCGCAUUAAUCCACAGACUGCGCUUACGAUUGUGGCGAAUGAUCUGGCAGUUAAAUUAGCAGCAGAAAAUGCCAAGCUUGCUAAACCGGCCGAGACGGGCGCCAAUCUUAAGGAGUUGCUGAAAGAGCAAGCCAGGUUCCACGCCCUUAAGCACGGCACAACGAAGCGGGAGGAGCCCCAUAUCAUCAUGGAGGAACCGUUCAAAGUUCCUGAUGUUCCUAACGAGGUGAAAAAGGCGACUUUAAAGCGCAAGGAGCAUGAAACUGGCGAUGUAAAGCCAAAUAAAAAGCGAAACACCGCACAUGACAAGCAGCAGGGACAGGCGCAACAAACGUCCGAUCGACAGCAAAGCAUUAAUAAGGAACAGGAUGAUUAUUCAAUGCCGUUAGAGCAACGGCCGAGUCCGCGUACCAUGCAACAGCGCUUUUUCUAUCAACAGAAUCAGAAACACAAGCAGAGAUUGGCAAACAAGAGAGCAGCGUCCCAUUCACUGUCCAAUCAUAGCGGCAAUGCGUUAGCUGUGAAAACUAAGCCUGCCAAGAGCGGACGUAGACGCGCACAUAAACAGUUACAGCAGCAGUUGCAACAAAAACAACAACUACAACUACAACAGCAGCAGCAACUUCAGCAACAACAACAUCAAGUAUUAUUAAUGGCGCUACCGCCAGCAGCGGACUCAACACCGCUGCCAAGUACCAAUCAUCUGGUGCAGCCGCAUGUGGAAUACAUACUCGACGAGGCGCUUAAAUCGGUUGCUGCCACAAAAGUUAAACCUAUGCCGGCAGCUCGCGUAGUCUAUGGCCCACCGGAGGUGCUGUCACCCACAGUGCCACGUGCAUUCGCCAGUUCUCCCGUUGUUAUCAAGGAAAAACUGCCUCUGGCUGUGCAAACCAUGCCACAACAACUGCCCCAGCAGCCGCCACAACAGCUUAGCACGCCAGUUAAGAAAUAUAUUGUGGAGGAGCGGCAGCCAGUCUCUCCUGCUAAUGUAUCCACAGCCAAUCUGCCACUGGCGCCACAAAUUAUAAGCGUGCAACAAAUAGCAGCACCGCCAAGGGUGCGCACUACUAGCGCUACCAUACUGCCGCCUGGCAGCAAGCUCACGCCCAAGAAGAUCAACCUAAUUGAUAAGCAGCAGAUACCCAUAGUGGCCAAUGCGGCGGUGCGCCUCUUGCCCUACGAUCACACAAGUGAAAUGGCUCCAGCUGCCUCUGCCGCCGUAUCUCUACCAGCGCCAGGCAUUAGCAAUCUCAGCAGCAAGCUGCCAGCUGCGGCGACUGUGCAGAAGUUCAUUGUCGAGGAACGGGUACCCAAUCAGGCAACCACAGCCAACCAGAGCGGCGUAGCCACAACGCUUAGCAACGCGCCUACAGUGAACAUAAUUAAGAACAUACCGGCGAGCAGUCUAAACAACACGCUCAUCACGCCGCUGGCCGGAUCAGUUACCCCAGCUACCGGACCCAUGUUCCGCAAGGCUUGCACAACAACCACAACGGCAACGUCAAUGGCCGUAGCAAGCGGUACAGCCAGCACACCACAGAUAAUUGGAAACAUUAAGUUGACUAGCGGCAUUAAGCAUGUGCCAAGCGGAACGUUUCGGAACAUCAAAGAUCUGCUCUCCAAACGGCAAACUUUUUUUGGGGAUCGGCCAAGCUGCAUACUGGGCAGCUUUAUAACUAAACUCAACCCGGCAAAUGUCUCCGGUGGUGGUGGCGCAGCUGCUGUGACCGCUAACGCUGGCGGCGUUACUGUGAGCAGUGCUGCGCUAUCGCCCACUAGCGGUGGUACGCCAACUUCGCCUCAGCCUGCACAACGCCCGAUUACGAUACAAAAGAUGCAGCUAUUGACGCCCACGCAAGUGAUUUCGAAUGCCGCUGGCGGUACGGGUAUCACUAGUGGCGCCACCAAGGUAAAACCCACCAGGAUAACAUUAGCUCCAGCUGGCGUGGGCAAGAAUAACGUUGUGUUUCUACCCACCACUGGUAUGCGGGCUGUGACGCUUGCCUCUACCAAACCUAAGCCCAGCACAGAGCUGGUAUCCGCCAAGCCAAAUGUCCUCGUCAUCGGGCCUGCCUCCAGUGCCAACGCAGUGAGCAACUCACAGACUGCGACAACCGCAACGACAGCUGUGACGAGCAAGGCGAGCAAGACACAUCAAACGCUGAUUACGGAGGAUACACCUAUUGAUAUUAUCAAUAUGCCCAUCAUAGUGGCCGAUAAUGGCACAACGGAACCGAAAGCGGCGGCUGCAAAGCCAGCGCCUGUUGUGGUGCUCAAUACUACCGACUGGGAAGUGGAGUUGGAUCAAGCUUCGAAGGCGAAAGGCGCUACCGGGGCAACCACAACAAAAACAAACGUUUCAAACAGCAAACAGCAGGCGGUAGAGGAUGUGAUUGUGGAGGAGGUAAUCGAGGAUAUGGAAGAAACGCAGCAAAACAAUCGAAUCAUUGAGGUGCAGGAGGAGGAUGGCAGCGCCAUUGAGUAUGUGGACAUGGAGCUGGAGCAGCCCAUUGAAAUCGAGUGCACAAGCAACAUAUCGCCGGAGACAAUGGCGCCCACGAAUAAACAAGCAACGAUGCCGGAUCAGAAGAUAGCCGAUAACUUGGCAAUGGCAACAGUUGGAGCGCUUGCUACUACGUUGCCAUAGGCAGCUCGCAUACUAUACUUGUUAUCUAGCGUCGAAUUUGAUUAUAAUAUGUACUUUUGGUUUCUCGUUAACUGAACCGAGUGAGAACGCACAACCAACACCUACACACAUUUACAAACACCCAUACACACAAAGCCCUGUUUAAUUUAGCAUUAAUUUGUAGCUUAGUAUCGAGUUCUUUAAAGCAAAGUGCAACAUUAUCAUUAUAUUUAAAUUUAUACAUACUUUUAUAGAACUGUAACUAACUAAUUGUGCAUAGAAUUUAAUUUUUGCGCCCUGAAGGCAUUGCUUGGAGCCAACUGUCUACAGUCUGCAGAUUGCUUUGUUUAAAUGUAAAAUUCAAUUGACUUCUCCCAGCUGCCAGCUUCAUCGAAUUAUAAACCUUGGAACCUUGUAUACAUUGUAAAUAGCAUAAACAUUUUUGAUGUAGCUCAUAGUUUGUAAGCUUAAAGAGAAUUACGUAAAAUUGGCAAACGUUAAGUGAAAAAUUGUUUUUUUUUUUUCAAUGAGAUUAUAGUGUUUAGUUCAGCUCUCCCAAUCUGUCCACUUAUAAACCACAGCAAACCAAUGUAAAUAUAUUUUAAAAAGAAAUUGGAAAACAUUGCUAUGAACGCAAUGUAUGUAUACAGGACAGAAGUCUAAAUAGAACUAAGUCCUUUACAGACACAACAUACGCCCACACACAAUAAUAACAAAUAUAAAUAGCAAUGUAUUGUUAAGUAUUUUAUGCGUCGAUUUUGUAUAACUGAAACCCCGACAUAUGCAUACUAUGUUGUAAUUUCUAGAAAUAAGCUAAGGCGAAAUCGAAGUGAAACCCACAACCACCCAGAAUGCAAAAUGAGAAUGUCAUAAUACAAAUACUAUUGUUGAACAAUGCGUGCAGCUGUAAAAUUUUUAAACAUAGCAGUUUUAAAUGAAAUA